GAUGGUUGUGCACGCGGAACAAAUCUGUCCAUAGAUUACUCAGUCAUCUGCCUUCCUCCGCUCUCCUCGCUGCCACGCGCUAUCCCGGCCUGCCCCCUGCUCGGCGCACGCGCAGAGAGCGAGCUAGCAGCAGACGACAAGAAAAGGCAGCUUGGCGAUAUUUUAACAGACGACUUCCAAAGUCGUAGGCGUAAUCGACUGAGGGCCGGUGACAGCACAACACCAGCAAGCGAAAGUACUGCCACUUCCACCCCAGCUCACCAGUUCGUACCUGGCGGGUGGCCGUGCACCUGAUACAAAGAUACAAAGAUAAAACCUGAGCAGAUUCGUUCGCCUCAACUUCUAGUCGGAAAAUCAACUGAAAUGGAUCUCAGUGACUGCAGCAGCAGAAAUGUUCCAGGUACUGAUAGCCUGAUGCAUCAAACGCGUCCUGAAGAUUGCCGAGAACAAUUCACAGUAUCUGUGUCCCCUUCCGUCAGCGCUCGAAGCUCGCCCAUCACGAUCGGAAUCUCGCCCCGCCCAGGCAAGUCGCCCAGCCCGCCCCUGGGGCUGGGUCACGAGGUGUCGGCGCUGGGGUCCCCCCACUCUGUGGCGUCCGUGCCGUCCGGCCGCUCCUUCUCGCCCCUGCCGGCCCACUGUGGGCCUGUGAAGAAGAACUCCCCGGGGCUGCUGUGCGUCGUGUGCGGCGACACCUCCAGCGGCAAGCACUACGGCAUCCUGGCCUGCAACGGCUGCUCCGGCUUCUUUAAGAGGAGCGUGCGGCGCAAACUGAUCUACAGGUGCCAGGCAGGAACAGGGAUGUGUACUGUAGACAAAGCCCACAGAAACCAGUGCCAGGCCUGCCGGCUUAAAAAGUGUCUUCAGAUGGGCAUGAACAAAGAUGCCAUCCUCGGACUGUUGACAGCGGUGCAGAACGAGCGGCAGCCUCGCAACACGGCGCAGGUGCGAGAAGAUCAGAUAGAGCGGGAGAUGGAGGGACAUCACCUGGCCUCCACAGCUACUGUGUCUGCAACCCACCCGGCCUUCUCGCCAACCGCCAACCACCGCUUCCUGACGGGUCUGAUGACCACAGAGGUGUCUGGAACCAAGCACGAGCACGAAGAUGCAGAUGAAAAUAUCGACGUCACAUCAGUCGAGCACGACCGACCUCUGCAGCACGUGCACCCAGGCGCAGUGUACACAGAAAGCGCCCUCUAUCCACCCGGGCCGGAAACACUAUACGAGUGCUCUGCCCGCUUGCUUUUCAUGGCAGUUCGAUGGGCAAAGAAUCUUCCAUCCUUCGCUAACCUUCCUUUCAGGGACCAGGUAAUCCUGCUGGAGGAGGCUUGGAGCGAGUUGUUCCUGCUGUGUGCCAUCCAGUGGUCAAUGCCCAUGGAGGCGUGUCCGCUCUUCUCCUUGCCCGACCACCUGCCGUCUGCUAACACCUCGCAGACUCCUGCCCCCGGCAAGGUCUCGCCAUUCGCAGACAUGCGCGUGCUGCAAGAACUCAUGAGUCGCUUCAAAGCCAUCCAGGUCGACCCAGCGGAGUUCGCGUGCCUCAAAGCUAUCGUCCUCUUCAAGUCAGAUGUCAGGAGUCUGAAGGAUCCGCCUCAAGUGGAAAACCUCCAAGAUCAGGCGCAAGUCAUGCUGGGACAGCACAUCAGGGCUCACCACCCAACACAGCCAUUCCGGUUCGGGCGCCUGCUGCUGACCAUGCCCGCACUGCGGUAUGUACCCUCGGAGAGGAUAGAGCGCCUCUUCUUCGGACGCACGAUCGGCAACACUCCCAUGGAAAAGCUGUUGUGUGACAUGUUCAAGAGCUGAAGUCCUCCCUCUCACUUCCAGCUGCCCCCCCAGCCCGCCGUCACGUGACGGUCAUCAGACGUAAAACCGAGGGGAGAACUGUCACGUGUCGCCAGCUCAUUGAGAUCCAGCAGAAAAAUGAACGAAUGAAUGAAAUUUACAAGAUGAAUAAAAGAAAAUGAAGUGUUGAUCAGCUCAGCAAUUUUACACCUGUAAAUAAACUUUUUAUUGAAUACUUUUCUGAAGGUAUGGCAGUUAUUUAAAUUACCAUUUUUGUACAUUUUGAUAUGUCUCUCCAAACAACUUUGAAAAAGAUGUAGGGGGCUAGAAAAAUGAGACAGAAAGAGAGGAA